AUGAGCGACAACACAGCUGUUGCCAACGAGCUUAAAGACAAAGGAAAUCUCGAACUCAAAAAUAACAGAUAUGAUGAUGCUAUCAAGUACUAUACUGAGGCCAUAGCGCUGGUGCAAAGUGCUAUCUAUUACUCCAACCGAGCCCAGGCCCACAUAAAGUCCGAGAACUACGGACUGGCCAUAGCUGAUGCCACCAAGGCCAUCGAGAUAGAUCCAGCUUAUUUGAAGGCAUACUAUCGUCGAGCUGUUGCAGAGAGUGCAAUUUUGGAAUAUAAGAAGUCUCUGGCUGAUGUGAAGAAGGUGUUGGCUAGAGCCCCAAAAGACCCCAGCUGUCUCAAGCUUCACCAAGACUUGACCAAAGUUUUAAAGACGAUCGCGUUCGAAAAUGCCAUUGCCGUUAACGAAAAACAAUCACCUAUAGCUGAACUUGAUUUCGACUCAAUGAUCAUAGAAGCUGGCUACAAGGGCCCCGAAUUGCAGAUACAGGUGGACAAGGCCACCAAGGCUGUGUCUACAGAUCUCGAUCUGAAGUACGUCGGCGAAAUGGUGGAAUUGUUCAAAGAAGGUGGGAAAAUACCCAAGAAACACGCAUUUGCCAUUGUGUGUGUUGCCAAUCAAAUAUUCAAGCAGGAGAAGUCAUUGGUGGAGAUUGGUCUCAAGAGAUCAAAGACUGCUGCUUCUGGUGAACUCCAGCUGGAAGGAUGCGAAACCAUCACCAUAUGUGGAGACACUCAUGGACAGUUCUACGAUGUCUUGAAUAUCUUUAGCACUUUUGGAGACACUGGUCCUAAUCACACUUAUCUCUUCAACGGAGAUUUUGUCGAUAGAGGCAGUUGGUCGUGUGAAGUUGCUCUUCUGUUCUACUGUUUCAAGAUCUUGUAUCCCCAGAAUUUCUACAUGAACAGAGGAAAUCACGAGACUAACGACAUGAACCAGGUGUAUGGAUUUGCAGACGAAUGCAAGGCCAAGUACAGCCACAAGUUAUUCCUGUGUUUUUCCGAGAGUUUCAACGCUCUUCCGUAUGCCACUUUGAUUGGCCAGGAGUAUCUCGUUAUGCAUGGUGGUCUUUUCAGCGAUGACAACAUCAAGGUGGACGAUAUCCGCAAAAUUGACAGGCUCAAGAACAAACAGCCUCCCAAACAGGGAAUUGAGAUGGAGCUUUUGUGGACUGACCCUCAACCAGAAGAAGGACGGUCUGCCUCCAAGCGUGGAAUUGGAAUGCAAUUCGGCCCAGAUGUCACUGCCAAGUUCUGUGAACAAAAUGAUCUGAAAGCAAUCAUCAGAUCGCACGAGGUUCGAAUGGGAGGCUAUGAGCUGGAACACAACGGAAAGCUGAUCACCGUGUUCAGCGCACCAAAUUACUGUGAUUCUCAGCACAAUCUAGGAGCUGUAAUCAAUCUGAAGACCAACUCCGAUGGAGAGUAUGAUUUGGACUUCAAGACCUUCAAAGAGGUUCCACAUCCAAAUAUCGGGCCUAUGGCUUACACAAGAAACAUGGGAUUCUGA